UCUCCUGCUACUUGGAGAGAAAAAUAAAAAAUCUCUCAUCUGAGAAUUUUUGAUUAUUUUUCAUUUGUUUUGGUAUUUUUGAGCUCAUUUUCAGAUUAUAAUUGUAUUCAACUACACUUCUUUUGUUCCAUAUGGAGAUUUGGAAACUCACAACAUUGAUGUUCUCCAUUCUUGCACUUGUAUACGGUGUUCAAGGACUUUCUUUCACUGUAAACCGAGAGCAUUGGAUUUCAGAUAACUGGGGGGAUGAACCAGUGGAUGAGAGACUAGCCAGUCAAGUGGCCGGUCUUCUCAAGAGAUCGAAAUCUGAUCAGUUCUAUGGGUUGAUGGGAAAACGCUCCGAUAAGACAAAAUCUUUUGAGACCCUCCAGCCUGUGAGAUUGGAUCGAAGAAGGCAUAAAGGGGAUAUGUUUGUGGGACUCAUGGGGAAGAGAUCUUUUGUAGGUCCUGUAACGAGAACAAUUCCAGAGACAAGUACAGCAAUGGACAAAUCCGCAGAUUUAAACAAACAAUCAGCAGAUUUGCAGGAGGAAUGGGACAAACUGCAGUACUACUGAUAAUGAUUAAGAGAACAAAGUUUCCAAUGCUGUAUUACAGAUUUUAUGGAGACAGAGAUCACUUCUGUAUAUCAAUACAGAAUUAUUAUUGAC